GGUUGCCUAACGAUGUCACAAAAGGAAAAAGAUAACGUUGCCAUCGUUUAUGAAAGCAGGGAGUCAGAAACAGAUCCUGCUGCUGUCACUAACUGUGUGCAAACCGAGGAGCAGCUUAGUUGCUUGGGGAGGCCUAAUCACGGCCAUGACGUCCGGGCUAUAUGUGGCGCUCACUGGUAUUGGAGCAGGUGGAGGAAAACCUGAAUCGCAGGCUGUCUCAUCAAUUGGGGUGUCGCUUGGAGACGCAACAUGGAUUUUCUCUUCGUUUGCAGCAGGGAUCUUGAUGAAUAAAAUUCGUCCAAGGUUCACGCUAAUGCUAGGUGCAGCUGGGUUUUCGCUGUAUGUGGCAGGAUACUGGUAUUUUGAUGUCAAAGGUCAAAAGUGGUUUCCUAUCACAGCUGGUACUCUUUCUGGUUGCGUUUCCGGAUUUUUGUGGGCCACACAGAACUUCUUAAUCGCUUGCUAUGCAAAAGAAAACGAAAAGGGCACGUACGUGGCUCUCAAUCAUAUUGUUUUUGUUUGUGGUGGUGUCAUAGGCUCAAUGAUUGCCGUGUGCUUAAACAGAAACGUUGUGGAGGGUAACAGGGGCGUGGUCUGGGAGCUGUACCUAAUCUUUGUGAUUGUGAACGUGACAGCAGUCGUAUUCGCCUAUUUCACCGCAGACCCAGACGACGUGCGUAGAAACGAUGGAUCCAAGAUAGCUGUGUUUAAACCUCCAACCGUUAAGCAGGCAGUGCUGAACAUGUUGAACGCAUUCAAAGAGGUGCGUAUCCUGCUGAUGAUAACACCGCUGUUUGUGGCCGAGUGCCUCUUUCCUUUCUUCUCGUCGUUGAACUCACACAUGUUCACUACACGUGCACGCACACUUAACAAUAUGUUUUUCUGGUUUGCACAGAUUCCCGGGCCUGGGUGUUUGGCUGGUUGACCGAUCGAAAGGGGAUGGGAAGACGAGGCAGGGGAUAUUUAGGUCUGUUUGUGACUUUUUUGUUUGUGAACGGAGCGUUCAUUGGAGUUGCAGCCAUGAUGGGCACUUGGGGUCUUGAAAAGUUUGACCGGGCUGUUCCCCUUUACAUUGACUGGAAGGAGAAGAAAUUUGGAGGGCUUUUUGUUUGGUACUUCAUUGCGGGUUUCUCGUAUUCUCUGGUCAUGAGCAUGCGUGUGUGGAUCACCGGCUCAUUUUCAAACGAUCCCCAGAAGCAGGCACCAUACGCUGGCAUCAUCCCCAUGUUCCAGGCCUUGGGUGUGACCGUUGGGUUCGGCAUUGACGCGGCCUCUGUCCCGUACCUAAAUAUCAUGUGCUGCUGGUGGAUUUUGUACGUCGUCGGCAUGGCCCUGGAAUUUGUGGUUAUCAGAUACCACAUUGCCGAUACCGACUACUUUAAGGAAGAGGAUGUUGUCGUGCCGGC